AGACAAAAAGAUUACAGACGAGAAGGAAAGUUGAAAAUAUAAGCUUCAAAUUGUCAAUAUCGUAAUCACAAGAGACUUUCACGCCAAUAAUAGCAAGACGUCUUGCUUGAUAUCCGGUUAUUUUAACCUUUACGCAAUCUGCUUUUAUCUUCGGACUUUUUCCAUUAUUAUCGCGUACCGAAGAUGAAUCAAAUCCUCGACUUGAGACCCGUUUUAGAAUCGUUCCUAUACUUCGCCUGAUACGCUCAACUUUAUUGUUCUUCGCGUCUUGAUGGUGCCUUUAUAGAGCGCAAAUGUGACUGAAAGUCGAUCGUAUACGCGCGGCGGUAUCCUGUUUUAUAAAUCUCCAACGUGUUUCUUUACGAGCAAAUGCACAUUUUUGAUACAGCACCAAUUUAUGCGGCUUCCGUAAAAAAAAAAACACAAAAGACAUCCACGCAGUUCUACCGAAGCAAACAGAAUGGAAAAUACGCUAGAAGCGUAUCAGUAACGCACGGUCCGAGUAAAGAUGAAAAUGCGGUUUUUAAAGUUUCGCAAUGGCGCUUCGUGAAUUCGCUAAUGACGAAAUUUAGAUGUAUACGUCUCGCAAAACCACGUCACACUCGUCCGCUGGCAAGGUACGCAGUUGUUCGGUUUUUGCCGGGGAUGGCAGUGACAUUCUCGGAAUUUCUGCAAUUUACAGGAUCACUUUGUUCCGAAACGCGAUGCAGAUUCGAGACGAACACCUCGACAAAGGCAAACGAAUGUAAGCACGUGUGUUGGUCACUGCGUGGCCGACAAUCUGCAAUUGAGCUACAAAUAAUCGAGAACGAAAUCGCCGCGCGGUGAUUCUGAUGAGAGAGAAUCGUCCAUGAAUCUCGUCCAGCUAUUGCACACUCAUUCGGUCGCGGAAUGGAAUUCAAAAGCGCCCGUUAACUCGUAUAUAUACAUGAUACAUACGUGCGGGGACGGCUUACGUGUCGUGACGAACAAGCAAUUUCUGCCGACAAACGAACGAAACUUGCGUGCUGAAUUCGGCGCCGAUUUUUCUUAAUAUCCUGCCAUUACACGUAAUUCGGAUUCGCAAAGCCGGAAGUCACAAGGAAUUUUAUCACUCCUUUAUCCAAUAAUAGACCUCUUCUGACCAGAAUUCAGGAUAAGAUUGAUUCUGAUCGAACCGGAAGUUACCCCGAA